UCCGACUGACCACAAAAGUGACAAAUCGACUCGAACCAGAAUCGAGCUCAACCCAUUAUGUUCUCGAAAUUGCGAUCACCGAAUCCUGUAAUCUUCGGGAAUCCGAUUCUCAAUCACGGAUUCAUCCAUAAAAAUCUUUUCUUUCGCCGACGGGACACUCUCCGGCCGAUCUCGCGAUUGGCGAAGGGUUCAAACUCAAUAGCAUCUUCUUCUCCUUCUCCAUUGUACUCGAAUCCGCAGCAGGAGCCAUCGAUCUCUCCCCAAUUGACGUCGUCCGUGGGACAGCCUCCUCUCCAACUCUCUCAAUGGACAUUUACACAGAAACACUUCAUCUUGCUCAAUGUCGUCGCUUGCGUAACAGCAAUUUCAGCAUCGUGGCUCUUCUUUGCUGCGAUUCCUACUCUUCUGGCUUUUAAGAAAGCAGCUGAGUCUCUUGAAAAGCUUCUGGAUGUAACUAGAGAAGAGCUACCAGAUACAAUGGCUGCUGUUCGCUUAUCCGGAAUGGAGAUCAGUGACUUAACUAUGGAGCUCAGUGAUUUAGGCCAAGGCAUUACUCAAGGUGUUAGAAGCUCAACACGGGCUAUUCGUGUAGCUGAAGAUAGACUAAGAAGGUUAACAAACAUGAAUCCAGGAGGAGGUGGUGAUUCGUCAAACCAAGACAGAGGAAAAAGAACCAAUGGUGGCUAAAAAAGCUAGGAGCUUUAAGGAAGGGAUCGUUAAAGGACGUUCGUUAUGGCAAUUGUUCUUCACUAUCACUCGUUUCUCUAAAACCACCACAAGUUAUCUUGCAAAGCGAGCUAAGAAGUAGAAGCGCCUAGAAGGUGAUCGUCACUCAGAUCCCACUUUUCUCUUACUCUUUUUGUUUUCAGAAUCCGAGUCUAGCUUGAGUCUUAUUGCUAGCUUAAGAACCUAUUUUGAUUGAAUAUGGAAUUAUAUAACACUGACAUCAUUUUUCUUUGAGAAGUAAAACAAGUUUUGUUUAGAGAGUAAACAACUAAACAAGAUGA